AUGCCGGAUAAUUGUCGCUGUUUUCUAGUUGUAUUUUUCCCAUUGCUGCUCGACUUGGUUGAAAUAGGAGAGGCUUACAAACUGAUCAGGCCGUACAAGUAUUAUCAGCCAAGGCCAUGGCGACGACCACGAUGGUAUACAGGUCACAAAUCAUCCAAGUUCCACCAUUCUAACAGGAUACCGCCGGAAGACUAUUAUUCUGGCAAGCCAAGUUAUUACAGACACGGUUCGACGGAAGGCAAUCUCGACAGGUACGCCGAGAGUCAUCCUUACACGAUCGUGAUACAAUUGCCGAAAGGCGAUAGUAAAUACGGGCUCGAUAAUUACGGAGACAGGAAGAGGAAUUACGAGAGAGAUACGAUUCCGGCGUAUAACAACGAGAACGAUUACAUCGACGAUGAGGAUGACUUCGAAGCGAAGACGGUCAAGGUUAACGACAAAAAGGUGCAAAUAAAGAUGGUUAAAGGACAAAAUCCAAAAUUGCACAUUAAAAUUUCUAGAUCUGAUAACGAUCCGAAUAUAAUUAUUGUGGACAAAUUAAAUGCUACCACUACGGAUUUACCAUUGCCGCAAACUGUGUAUGCAAAUUCAGCGCUGUACAUUCAAGAAUCGAAGGAAAACUGGACGUCCGCGUCGUACUUGGAAAAUGUUUAA